AUGGAGACCGUGACACCGGCGCGCAAGGGCCUGGGCGCAUCGACAAGCCCGCAAGGCUCGGCCCAGUGGACGCAGUCUUCCGACACGCCCACCGAGGUGUAUGACAUCGGCCACGACUCGGAGGAUGACGUGGGGCCCAUCUCCUCUGCCGUGCGCUCGUUGAACGUGGAUGGCGCCCUCCCUCCAGAGCCGCGCCUCGGAGAACGGCGGGUCGGGUCGUCAUGGAUGCCAUGGACAGUGGAGAGGUCUCCAGACUCAGCAGUGGACGGGUCCACUGCCCCCUCGAGCAUGUCCAAAGCUCCAACUUCUCGGGCCAAGGAGGCCGAUGUGUGGACUGUGGAGGACUGGGACAAGCAGCUCCAGCGCCUGAAGGAGGCGCCCACUCCUUGCAGAGUGCCAGAGGGUGCAGAUGCGAAGCAAAAGCAGGUGGCCGAUGCCGUUCGGGAAGAGUUGCAGGUGGAUCUUGAGGCCUUGGUGAAUGCUGCCAUGGACGAGAUGCGCUCAUGGGUCUCCCAGGAGAUCGCCUUCGCUCGGAGCAGUUUCGAAGAGGCGCCGUGGCGGGUCAACGGCGGCGUUCGGACGGUCUCCGUGACCGGUGCGGUGAAGCCUGCGCCGGUUCAAGAGAUGAAGAGGGCCUUGGAGGAACAACGCCAAAUGCUGGACAAGAUGCAGGAGAUUUGGCCAUGGGCUAGAAUCUAUGAACCAUUGGUACGGCAGCUCGUGCCUUCCAUGUGUGAAGAGAAGGUGAAUCCGUCCGAUCCACGCGAUUUGGACGAACCAGCGGCAGGAGAGUGCGAGAGGAGACCUUCGGCGCGUCAAGAGGUGCCAGGGCAGAGCCUUUUUCAGAGGGGCAAAGCUGUUUUAGAGCUUUAG